AUGGCACCUUCGUCAUUAAACCUAGCUGUACUUUUUUCCCUGUCGGCUCUAUCACUGACUACCGGCUAUUACCUUGGUCAAGUAACACCAUCUCGGAAGGAUGAAAUACAAGAGUUGUUAAAGCAAGCUAAAAUCAAAGCUGAGAAAGAGGAGGAUCAGGAUGAUGGCGACGAGGAUGAGGAUGAAGAUGAAGAUGAGGACGAUGAUGAAGGUAUUGAGGUUGACUCUAUCUGUUUAAAUGAUAUUCCUGGCGAAGUAAGGAUGGCAUUGGUUAUAAGACAAGAUCUAGGAAUGACAAAAGGGAAGAUUGCAGCACAAUGCUGCCAUGCAGCCCUAGCCUGUUUUAGACUUAUUGCAUGCGAUCCAAGCAAGGCAUCUUAUAAUCCGGAUAUGACGCAUAGAUGGUUGGCUAGAGGACAAGCCAAGAUCACUUUGAAAUGUCCGGACAAAGAAACUAUGGAUGAGCUAUUUGCCAAGGCCAUUGCAUUGGGUGUGAAUUCUUAUGUGGUUCACGACGCUGGAAGAACACAAAUUGCUGCCGGAAGCGCUACCGUUUUGGGAUUGGGGCCUGCUCCAAAAGCUAUUCUUGACCAAAUAACAGGUGAUCUCAAGCUAUACUAG